AUGCGGCUACAGACGAUACCGUCUAUAGAUGGUCUGCCAUAUUACAUACAUUUGAAAAGCGGGGUGCCGGCGCAUCAAUUGUCGGCAACACGGUUACUCAGCUCGCCGGAUCCUUCUAGGCAUCAGCUUGAAGAUCCACCAGAGCUAUAUCCAUUCGCAGAAGACUAUCCGGGCGAAAGAAACGGCGCUCUACGAUGGGGCUCCCGCUUCGGGCCCGCGCACCGCCCGCCGGCCGCCGGCCUCCUAGAAUGUUUCCGCGGAUGCCGCUCCAGGCUCGAUCAGUACUUGGCGAGGAGGAAGAUCGAACGCGGCGUGCGCCUGUACGGGCAGAACGAGCAGCGGCUGGCGGUGAAGGUGUGGCUGUCGGCGCUCCGAGGCGUGCGGCACCGCAGCGACAAGUUCGCACUGCUCGGCCACCUCUACCAGGCGUACAUGGACUUUGGAAAGUACAGAGAGUCCUUAGAGUUCGCCAACCAGCAGCUGGGCAUAUCGGAGGAGCUGGACUCGGCGCCAAUGCGUGCGGAAGCGUAUCUGAAUCUGGCACGAGCACAUCAGACUCUCGGAGGACUUGACAGGGCUCUGUCGUACGCCCGGCACGCGCUGUACAAUGAUUGCGGCGGCGGCUCCACGGCGGGCUGCGUGCACCUCACAGUGGCGGCCGUCAACCUCGAACUCGGAGCCUUCUCCAAGGCGAUGGACGGAUUCCAGAAAGCUCUAGCAGUUGCUCAAGCGCAGAACGACAACACGCUUCUUCUUCAGGUGUACGUGGGCCUGUCGGAGCUGUGGCGGCGGCUGCGCGACGCGGAGCGCGCGGUGGCGUGCGCGGCGCGCGCGUGCGACCUGGGCCGCGGGCCGCGCGCCGCCGACCUCAACACGCGCCACCACCGCGCCGCGCUGCUGCAGAUGGCGGCGGCCUUGCGCGCGCGCGGCGAGCUCGGCGACGCGCACGACUACUGCCACGAAGCACUUCGUCUGGCGACAGUGGCGGGUGAUCAGGGCUGCUAUGCGAGAGCAGUGAGGAUAACAGGCGACGUGUAUCGGCGGAAGUGCGACAUUGGGAAAGCCCUCAGGCACUAUGAAGUAGCGAUGGGAGCAGGGCAGGCGCUAGGCGAUCGAUUGGCGCAGAUGGAGGCGAUGGACGGGGCCGCGCGCUGCCUGGAGGCGCUGCGCCUGCAGGGGCGCAUCUGUAACUGCCGCCCACUUGAAUUCAACACACGACUGCUAGAGGUCGCCACAUCCGUCGGGGCUAAGAUGCUAGUGCGCCGCGUCCGGCUUCGCCUGGCGGAGAUCUACACGGCGCUGGGCGACAACAACGCGGCCGCACGGCAGAAGCGCGCGGCGGCCGCGUGGGCAGCGCCCGCGUGCGCGCUGUGCCGCGAGCCGCUCGCCGACCGCCCCGAGCCGCUCGCCUCGCUGCCCUGCGCACACAUCGUGCACCACGCGUAA